UGUUCCUUUAAAAAAUGGAAUAUACUUUAUUUAAGAUAGCUGGUGAGGUUUCCUCUCUUUAGGGCAUGAGCAAGCAUAACAUUUAUGUAGUCCAUUUGUAAACUAACAUCUAAUCAACAUUAGAUUAUUUUCUAGAUAUUUUAAAAUUAGAAUGCACUUGGUAGAAAAGGGGCAAAUACUAAGUUUAGAGGCUCUCAAGAGAGAGAACUGCAAAACAUUACUAACUUUGACAGUUAAGUCAUUCCUGAUGAAGUAUGUUAAGUAAUGCCCAGGACCAAGCUAGAUCAUGUUGAGUGAACAAAAAGGAGUAAAAAUGAAGAACUGGAGGCAAUUUUAGGAAGGACAAUCAAGGAAGACUGGUGGUGUGUGUGUAUGUAUGUAUGUGUAUGGAUGGAUGGAUGGAUGAAGACGUGACAGCACUUUUAUAGGCAAAAGGAAAAGAAUCAGUGGAAAGAAUACCCAGAACAAUAGCUGAACAACUUGGAGAAGUCAGAAGAGUGACUAAAGAAAAGGACUUCUCCACUAGGUUAAAAUUCAAUAAUACUGUUAAAUUCAACUCUGUUAAACUCAAGUACCCCGCUAUCUUAAAUACUGAGUAACUGGGAAUGAAUGAACUUUGGGAAAGAGGGACUGCCAUUGAGGCUACACGGAAGAGAUUUUGAAAUACAGGACGACUGUACAGGAAAAAUUUCUAGGGUAAAUUCUGAGUGAAAGCUGUGAAACUGAAUUAUCUCUGCCCUCUGUAAAGUUGUAAAAGGCUGGUGCCAAUGCAGGUGGCGCUGAGGGUGGUUGCGUACGGAGAAUGAGAGGAGGGAGGAAGCUAACUGGGGAAACAUGAUGACUCAUCUCACUUUCCCGACCAGGACCACGAAACUAGGAUCCCGAGGAAUGAUUCAAAGCCAACAUGGCCCUUUUCAGCGUCUACCGCUCGGUCGUAGGGAAGGUCUGCAUCUGCUCACCUACGGUACAAACAAGUCAGGUGGUUGUUGCACGAGAGCAUUUCCCGUGUAUCCGGCGACUUACGGUGCUUUGAGAGUCUCAAGCUUAAGAAGGCAAGCGUUAUUUUCACGUUUUGCGAAGCGGCUUAAAAAGGGACCUUGAGCUCAGCUGCCGAGCAAUGCAAAGCUCUUCCUCUCGGUCCGUGAGGCCGCGGUUUUCUCGCUUCAAAUCCAGAGACGCAACGUCCAAACCAAUCACCGGGCUCCUGCCCUCUUGGUGCCUUCGCGCUGUCCAAUCCAAAGCUGGCUUCGAGUUCCCGCCCCUCGCCUCGUGCCGCGAACCGACGUAAACCCGAGGAACGCGCGAUGUUGUUUAGUGAAAUAUGAGGCCACUUUUGAUGCAGUCGUUUGGAGAACAGCUGUUUAUAUAACAAUAAUUCCAUUGGUGGUUACCAUUUUGAGGUCAUUCAACUAGUGUUUGUACUGCUCCAAGAUCAACUUUUUCUCCAAAUAUCACUUCUGUGGGCAACGUUUAAGUGAGAUGGAAGAUUUUCGAGGCAUAGCAGAAGAGUCAUUUCCAAGUUUUUUAACCAACUCAUUGCUUGGUAAUAGUGGAAUUUUGGAAAAUGUCACACUUUCUUCAAAUCUUGGCUUGCCCGUUGCUGUUUCCACACUUGCUAGAAAUAGACCCAGCACUGAUAACAGGUAUCCUGAUGUCCAGGCAUCUUAUUUAAUCGAAAGGGGGUAUUCAGUUCCAACUGAAUCAUCUCCCAGUUGCCAGAGUGAUAUUGAACUGAGAGAGAGGUUACAUCUUAGCUUCCCAGAUGAAGAUUCUAUCUCUAGGAAAAAGAACUAUAUGAAAAGUGAGCAUUUGUCAAGUGGUCUUAUGAAGCAGUCAGCUUUUGAAAGUGAUACAACAAGAGCAGCAGAGAACCAACCUAAAACUACAAAAUACUUUCAGAGCCAAGAUCCUUUUGAUUCAGUUUCAUCACUUGAACAAGUGCAAGCAGAUUCAUCUGUUGACUUUUGUUUACAACCUUGGAUGAGUAACAAGGAAAACAAGGUUGGUGUGCCUGGAGAUGGAAAACAUUUUGAAAACAAAAUUCGCAACACUGAUUUAAGCCAUACUAGCUUCUUAGAAAAUGAGAGACUUACAUCUCUGACCAGCUUGGAAGAUUCUUCUGAUGAUGAUAUCAAUGAUGAAGAGUUUUAUGAUGAUCAUUUGGAGGCUUAUUUCGAACAACUGGCAAUUCCAGGAAUGAUAUAUGAAGACCUAGAGGGACAGGAACCUCCAGAAAAAAGUUUUAAGUUACCUACAAGUGAUCCAUGUCAGGAAAAUGAAAACAAUGCUUUAACCUGUAAAUUUCAAUCAGAAAGUAACAGCUUUCUGAUUUCCCAUGGCUCACAUUCUUCAGAAAAUUCUGAAACAACCCACAAAGAGAGUGAGGAAGGCCAUGCUGUUUGUCAUUCUGGGAUCAGAUCUGGGAACAGUAGAACACAUGUAGAUGGUUCAUCACAAUUUCCUUCUAGUACCUGGAGAACUGAGAAAAAAAGGACAGAAAGUUUGAAGGGUAUUGUUCCAGAUCAGAGCAGGGAAAGCACAAGAGAAGGUGUUCUAAUGAAGACUCUUGUGGCUACCAAAGAGAAACUUAACCCUGUUCAUUCUCAAGAUGCAAGUGCUGAUGAUAACAGCAGUUUUGACCUGAAUGAUCCUGUAAAACAGGGUGCAGGGGCUCCUCAGCAAAGUAAGCAUUUGGUGUCGGACUCAGAAACAACUCUGCACGUGGAUGGGUGCUUAGACUCUGGGACUUCUGCAGCAUCUGCUCAAAAGCCUAUGGACAUGGUGUCUUUGAAGCCUGUUAGUAACGAUGGAAUUAAUUCCAAUGCUAUCCUCUGGUCACCAACUUGUGAUCGGCGAACCUGUGCAUUUUAUGAGUCUAUUGGAAAGAAUAAAGAUCAAACACAUCUCUCCCAGAGUGUGAUCUAUCAAAAUGAGGACGGUAAAUGGGUCACUGAUCUUGCCUAUUAUACAUCUUUUAAUAAUGAACAAAAUUUUAAUAUGUCUCUAAAUGAGAAGAUGAAUGAAGACUUCAAAUCUGGUUCUGAAGCAUUGGAUUUGAUUGCUCAAGAUGAAGAAGAAUUUAAUAAAGAACAUCAAUUUAUACAGGAAGAAAACAUAGAUGCUCAGAACACUUCUGUUGCACUAGGGGAUACAUCCUGGUUAGCUACAGUUAAUUACAAUCUGUUGAAGAAAUCAUUUAGCACAUCUGAUCUGAACAAAGAUGAUGCCAGUUAUUUACGACUAUCUUUAGGAGAGUUCUUUGCUCAAAGAUCUGAAGCUCUUGGUUGCCUUGAUGGUGGUAGCAAUGUGAAAAGACCAUCAUUUGGUUAUUUUAUUAGAUCACCGGAGAAGACAGAACCCAUUGCUUUAAUAAGAAAGUCUGACCUAUCAAGAAGUAAUAUGGAAAAAGAAAUGACUCAUCUUAACCGUGAUCCAUUUUCAGGAGAUUUAAAUGAACAGUCCGAAGCACAACUAAGUGAAGGAUCAGUUACACUUCAGGUUGAAGCACUGGAGAGUACUUCACAAAUGGAUGAAAAUGAUGUGACAUUAACUGCCAGUAAAAGCAAAACAGAGGACACUUUCUUCAGGAACAACAAACUCCAAACAAACGAUGAGAUGUCAACUAGUGGUAGUGAUUCUGUCCUUAGGAUAAGCACCAUUGCCUCAGCCAUUGCAGAUGCAUCAGUCAGUACCGACCCUUCCCAACUUGUUGCCAUGAUUAAGGCACUUACAAAUAAAAACAGAGACAAGGCUUUACAGGAAGAUGAUAAACGAGAGAUCUGUUCCAGUGUAUCCAAUUUCUCACCAAAUGAUUUAGAAAAAAGCAGUGCAUCUAAUGCAUUUGAUAUGGAGAAAUAUCUUACAAAAACAGAAGUCAAUAGACAAGUAGGUAGAUUGGAAAACCUUUCCAGAGCUGGUAUGUCUGGUAUCUGGGAUUUGUCUUUGCCAAAAGAACAAAGUAUUCAAGACAUGAACUUGGGAACUACUAAUGUAAGUGGAAGGGAACCAAGAGAAAAUACAGCAGCUGUUUUUUAUGGUGAAAAUGGAGACAGUGGGAACCAGGAAUCAGCUGGAGCAGUAAACUCUUCAAACUCAGUUCUUACAAAUGUAAGAGAGAACGAAGGUGCAGUAGUGGAUGUGAAGAUACACACUGUUGACAAGGUAUCAGGUGUUGGUGAUAGUGAGAAAGCUACCUCUGCUUCCACUCCAACAUCUCUUUCAUCAGUAAGGAAUCCCAGAAUAACAUCUGUUUGGCUGCUAGAAGGGCAUGAAGAAACGGAAGAUAAUGGAGAAUGCCAUAGACAAAGUGAACAUGUUAGUGAAACAAGCAACAGCGAAAAGCAUGUGACCUUUGGAAAACAUUCCGUAGUCUCACCCAAAGCUGUUGAUUUGAAAGAUGCCUCUCCUGAGCGAGGUGCACAUGGCUCAGAGGAAGACCAGGAGAGCUUCAGACCUUCUACAUCACCACUGAGUCACUCUUCUCCUAGUGAAGUUUCUGGAACCAGUUUAUCAGGGUAUGCCUUAGAGUCUUUUUGCUCUACAGCUCAACAGAAGCCUCCCUGUGAGAAUGAGCAGUCUCGGCUGGCCAGUUCACUUGCCAGUGUGAGCAGGCUGACUUACGUGUCUGAACCAGAGAGCACCUGUCCUACCACAGCCAUGGAAUAUGGCCCAGAGGACCGUAAGAGUGAUAUCACCAGUGAAUUGAGCACCACAAUUAUGCAAGCCAGUCCAGCUUCAUCAGAGGAACAAGCUAUGGAAAAGCUGAGAGAAAAAGUUCCAUUUCAAAAUAGAAGACAAGGAACAUUAUCAUAUAUUAUCCAGAGUACCUCUGAUAUGGAAAGAGUGACUGAACCUACUUCGAUGAGAAGCAACUCUGAAGAUGUAGAAACUAAUUUUAGAUCAAGUGAAGAUCCUUCUUCUAAAAGUGAAGAAAUAUUGGAGACCAGCGAGGUAGGUUUGACAUCAAACUUCAGUGAGUUGGACCCAAUCCAUCUGGCUCUGCUGAGCAAGUCAGAUCUCAGCCAUCAAGCCAGGUCAGCCACAGCACACCUCCCCGUGUCCUGCCGUGAGUCUGAGUCUGUGAGUGGAGGUCAGAGGAUCACUUCUGAAGAUAUGUCAACUGGCAGCAGUGAAUUCAGUGGCCAUAUUAAUUGCAGCACCUCUGGAAACCAGCACAUACCUCUUCCUGGCAUUCUGGUUCAUGGUUCUGCUGCUGAGAUGCAGAACAUGCCUGCUGUGCUGCCUACACUCUUGCCUCGACCUUCUUUUAGCACAGCUCCCUUUGCCCAGCAGUAUUUGGGGACUCUUCCUGUAGCUGGAAAUGUUGCUGUGCCUCAGUGCUAUGCUAGCAGCACCUCUGUCUGUGGAUUCGCGGGAUGCUAUCCCUAUCCUGCUGUCACAGGAGAACAUGUUCAGAACUCUGUGGCCCUGGGGAUUUGUCUAGGACCAAAUAACAGCUCUGGAUUGAUGGGUACCAGCUCCCUGGGUAACCCAUAUUCUAAUGCCGUACACCAGAACCUGCUAAACACAGCAAAACCCUUUCCUGCACAAACUGCUGCUGCAAAUUGUGGAACUGAACCAUGGGACUCAGGAAUAACAUCAGGAUUUGGGAAUGUCAGAGUGCCUGAGGAGCUGAAGUUCCCACAUGCGUGCUGUGUUGGUAUUGCUUCACAAACCCACCUUAGCCUACUCAACCCGACUGAGCGUUGGCUGCAAGUCAGCAUUGGGGUUCUCAGUGUUAGUGUUAAUGGUGAAAAGGUGGAUCUUUCAACAUAUCCAUGUUUGGUUUUCAAGAAUAAAGUCAUCAUAAGACCUCAUGCCACAGAAGAGAUAAAAGUGCUUUUUAUCCCUUCCAGUCCUGGGAUUUUCAGAUGCUUAUUCAGUAUUUCUUCUUGGCCAUUUUCGGCAGAUGCUGAAACAAUAGUGCAAGCAGAAGCCUUGGCAAGCAGAGUUGUGCUCACUGCUCUUGCUGAGGUCCCUGUUAUCGAGGUAGAAACAGAAAAAAAAGAUGUUCUUGAUUUUGGUGACUUGACUUAUGGAAGCUGGAAAGCUCUCCCGUUAAAACUGAUAAACCGGACGCACGCCUCUGUGCCAAUCAGACUGAUGAUUAAUGCUGAUGCAGUAGCCUGGCGCUGCUUCACGUUUUCGAAGGAGCCCAUCCAUGCUUCUGUGAAAGCUGCUCCUCGUGCUGAUGUGGUUUCUCAACUGGCAGCCCCUUCUGUAGUCAGUCACCUGAUUCCUGCCAGUUAUGAUGGACAGGAUCCAGAAUUUCUGAUAAUUUGGGUUCUUUUCCAUAGUCCAAAGAAACUAAUCGCUUCUUCAGAGAUUCUAGACUCAGCAGAAGAAUUCUUGGCAAGAAUUGAUAUAGAAGUUGACAGCCCAAACCCUACACCAGUUCUUCAAAGUGUUGCUCUCCGAGCAAGAGCAGGAGUAGCUAGGAUACAUGCUCCAAGGGAUUUACAGACUAUGCAUUUACUGUCCAGUGUGAAUUCCUCAACACACCAUCACUUACCUUUGAAAAAUGCUGGGAAUAUUGAAGUUUAUCUAGAUAUCAAGGUCUCAGUACCAGGAAGUCACUUUUCAGUGGAUCCAGAGAAUCUGUUCCUUAAACCUGGAGAAGAGCAUGAAGUUAAAGUUUCAUUUACUCCAAAGAACCCCAAAGGCCGUGAGGAGAGGGUCUUGACAAUAUUUGUGCAGCCGUUUGGACCUCAGUACGAAGUAGUGUUAAAAGGUGAAGUAAUUUCUUCAGAAAGUAAACCUCUGUCACCUGGAUCUUGCUUCUCAGAUAUUCCAUCGAUUUUGUCCAACAAGCAGUUUCUGACUUGGGGUGGUGUCCCUCUUGGUCGAACACAGCUUCAGAAACUAGCUUUAAGAAGUAGUUCUACAUCUACAACCCAACACUUUCGACUCCUUAUCAGAGGACAAGAUCAGGAUUGCUUUCAGCUUCAGAAUACUUUUGGUUCAGAAGAGCGAUUGACCAGUAACUGUGAGAUCAGAAUUCGCCCAAAAGAAGACAUUAUCGUCUCUGUAUUAUUUGCACCUACUCGAUUAUCUUGUAUGUUGGCUAAACUAGAAAUCAAGCAACUUGGAAGUCAGUCACAACCAGGCAUUAAGUUCAUGAUACCUUUGUCUGGAUAUGGAGGAACAAGUAAUCUUAUUUUGGAAGGUGUUAAAAAAUUAUCUGACAGUUACAUGGUAACAGUGAAUGGCUUAAUACCUGGAAAAGAAAGUAAAGUUGUUUUUUCUGUCCGUAACACUGGAUCUCGAGCAGCUUUUGUUAAAGCAGUAGGUUUUAAGGAUUCUCAGAAAAAAGUUGUGCUGGAUCCUAAAGUAUUGAGGAUUAUUCCAGAUAAAUUUGUACUCAAGGAAAGAACCCAAGAGGAUGUUACUUUAAUAUAUAAUCCAUCAGACAGAAAGAGCGAUCAUAAAAGUGCAACAGAACUAUCAACUAUAUACUUCUUUGGUGGAGAUGAGAUUUCCAGACAGCAGUAUCGAAGAGCCCUGUUGCAUAAACCAGGGAUUAUAAAACAGAUACUUCCAGAACAUAGUGUGCUACAAAGUAUUAAUUUUGCUGAAGCAUUUCAGGAUGAGCUGCUAGUAACUGAAGUAUAUGAUCUUCCCCAAAGGCCUAAUGACAUUCAACUCUUUUAUGGAAACAUGCGUAAAAUUAUACUUUCAGUAAUUGGUGAAUUCAGAGAGUCCGUUUCUAGCAGAGAAUUUCUUCAGCCUUCUUCCAAAGCUAGCAUGGAAUCUCAAAGUGAAUCAGGAGCUUGUGGAAAACACGGUGGCAAUGUGUCUUUGGACGUCUUACCUGUGAAAGGCCCUCAGGGUUCUCCAUUUCUCGCACAAGCUGUUCCCCUGCCUCAAGAUGCGUCAGCUUCUGAAGAGACAUGGACUGUUCAACCUGAACACCUGGUCUUGGUAGCUCCUUCUUCUUGUGAUGUAGCAACACCUGGACGUUUUCAGAUCAUAAAUAGUUCUGUUAGGUUACUGAAAUUUGAGCUAUACUGGCCAGCCCAUUGCCUGACAGUCACACCACAGCACGGAUUUAUUGCACCAGAGAGUAAGCUACAAAUUCUUGUGAGUCCUAAUUCGUCCUUAUCCACAAAACAGUCGAUGUUCCCAUGGAGUGGUUUGAUUUAUAUACACUGUGACGAUGGACAGAAGAAAAUUGUGAAAGUUCAAAUUCGAGAAGAUCUGGCUCAGGAAGAACUUCUGCCCCAUCUCACCUCCAGCACAUUUGGAAUUCUUACCUCUGCCUCAGAGCCUUCAGUCAGUCAUUUGGUAAAACCAAUGACAAAACCACCUUCCACCAAAGUUGAAAUAAGAAAUAAGACUAUUGCUUUUCCUGUAACAGAACCUGGUAAAACUUCAGAGAGCUGUCUGGAACUGGAGAACCAUGGUCCCACAGCCGUGAAGUGGCACCUAUCAUCCUUUGCUCCGCCUUACGUCAAGGGAGUUGAUGAAAGUGGCGAUGUGUUUAGAGCUACCUACACAGCAUUCAGAUGUUCUCCUGUCACUGGAACACUGGGAAGUUGUGGACUCCAAAAGGUCUCUGUCACGUUUUUGCCCAGGGAGAGAGGGCAUUAUGCCCAGUUUUGGGAUGUUGAAUGUCACCCUCAUAAAGAGCCUCAUAGGAAACACACGUUGAGAUUUCAACUCUGUGGACAAAGCAUCAGAGCAGAAAAUGAGUCUGAAAAUGCAUGCACUUCCUCAGAUGUUCUUGUUAAAAUAGACAAUGCGGCUACACCCCGAAGACGAGCUAUGUCGGAGGCUUCUGCUCUCAUACCUGGCAGGCAGCUUGAUUUGACCCACCGUGGAAUUUAUGCCCCAGAAGACAUGUACAGGUUUCUGCCAACUAAAGUUGGGGAAUCAAGGACAAUAAAAGUCAAUUUGAGAAAUAAUUCUUUUAUCACACACUCGCUGAAGUUUUUAAGUCCCAGAGAACCUUUCUACAUCAAACAUUCCAAAUAUUCUUUGAGAGCCCGACAUUAUAUUCACAUCCCUGUACACUUCAGACCAAAGUCGGUGGGCAAGUUUGAAGGUUUACUUGUUAUUCAAACUGAUGAAGGCAAGAGUGUUGCUAUUCGACUAAUUGCUGAAGCUCUUGAAAAAAAUUAGCUAGACUACAUUUUGUGUAAAGUAAAUUACGUAAGUUAUAUUUUGGUAACUUCAUUUUUCUACACUACAAUUAUGCUCUUGUACUUAUUUUGUAUGAUAAAUUGGCUAAGUAUAACUGUAGAUGUUUGGUUUUGAGAAGCUAAUACCAAAAACCUAAUAUAUCAUGUAAUUAGUAAAAUAUUAACUUUUACAGGAGAGAAGAGAGUUAUAUUUUUGCAUUGAUUAUGUUUUUCUAAUAUUGUAUAUAUUUUAAUGCAAUAUGUCCAGAAAUAAACUUAAUUUUCCACUGUACUUGUCUUUUUAUCUGAUGUCAUACAGAAGUUAGAAUAUCACCUUGUUCUGCCUUUUUCUUCAUUCUGCUAAUUGUCUUCAAGCUUCCAGGUCUGUUCUGUGAUUUUUCUCCUCCAUUACGGUUUCCUUUCCCCCAAGAAGUUCCUCCUCCUAGCUAAUCGCCUAAAGGUCAUCUUACUUAGUUGUUUUAAUGUUGCCAUUUGUCAUUAAAGCUAGACAGGCCUUCUGCUCCAGAAUCCAGUAUAGAAGGGUCCUCUGUUAGCAGGAACUUGAAGACACAGGUGAGGGGGGAGGGUGGUGGCCUGCAGCGGGGGUUGGGCUGUAGCGAGCCAUGAGUUGAAGACAGCCAGAUGAUUCCACACAGCAAGAGCCAUGGUGAGUGGUUACUUCUCUGACAUGACUUAAGAGUCAGGAUGUUUUUCUCACGUGAAGCAGCACAAUCCUAGGCUGUGAUGUUGUGUAGUGGCUUAUGGGGAUCACAUUUGGGUGUUCUGUUAAUGGAGUAGAAGACUUGAGGGGCUUGGGAAAAGCUGUCCUGAUGACAAAAACACAAUUACAUUUUAAAACCAGGGGCUCUGAGUCAGAAAAAAACCAAAUAUCUUCUUCCAUCUUUACCUCAUGUAUCCUUUGCCUAGAAAUCAAAUUGUAAAAGCAUUUUUCACUCAUUAAACAGGUGGUGCUUUUGCUGACAUCACCCAACUUCGGUGGUAGAUUUUGUACAUCACAUGUGCCGUGUAUUCAAGCUUGAAGGUGUAUUUACUUGACAACACUUAGCCUCAAAAAUGAUAGAGCGCUUUUCAAAAAUGUUUGCCAUUGUCUUUCAAUUCCUAAGGGUUGUGAUAUUUCUGUUUCUAUGUAACAAUUUCUUUGCCUUUGAAGUUAUACUUAAAAGGUCAAAAAAAAAAAAAAAAAAAAAAGAAAAGAAAA